ACAACUUGAACAGACAACAGCUUGCUCCCGCAUAUCGACCACCACAAACGUGUGCUACAACCGACCUGCAAAGUAACGAAGCCGUACCUCCUCACGUCCCUCCGAAUACUGAAACCGCCAAAAACUACUGCAAAAAUGGCCAACUACGGCUACCAACCCCCACCCACAUCUCAAAACCUCAACUUCUACCAAUCCAGCUACAGCAAUCAGCCUCCCGUGUCAGGUCAAUCAACACCAUUCCAGGCUUAUGGAGCCUCAGGAGCGCAACCAUCGGGCUAUGGGGCUUCACCUAAUUAUGGCUUUGGCGCCUUCCCUGCUCAGCCAGGCGCAAGUGGGCAAAUGGGCACAGGACAAGGAGGGCUGAGGACAGGAUGGUUAGCAGCUUUUGGAACAGAAGGGUAUGAUGGGGAGCCUCCGUUGCUAGAAGAGUUAGGAGUGAAUUUUGGGCAUAUACAAAUGAAGACACUCACAGUACUGAAUCCCAUGGCGCGAAUCGAUCAACAUAUCAUGGACGAUGCAGAUCUCGCGGGACCAUUUCUCUUCUGCGCACUAUUCGGGACAUUCCUACUAUUGUCCGGCAAACUCUGGUUCGGCUACGUCUGCGGCCUCGCAGCCCUAGGAGCCUUCAGCCUCCACUUCGUCUUCAGCAUGAUGUCCCCACCCCUCAGCUCCGACGAAGUCGCCGCAAUUCAAUCCCACAGCGCCGCGAGCAGUCAAUACCAUGGCUCCUCACACUUCUCCUCCACACUCACGCUCGGACGCUCAAGUUCAGUGCUAGGCUACUGCCUCCUACCUCUGGUCUUCGCAAGUCUACUCGGCGUCGCCCUGCCACUUGACACUUUCCUUGGAUACUGUCUCGUGAGCUUGGCGAUUGCCUGGUGCACAUAUUCCAGCUCAGCCAUGUUUUGUGUUGUGGGGAGGAUGACGAAUAUGCGCGGCUUGGUAGCAUAUCCUCUGGCGUUGUUUUACGUUGGAUUCGGUAUCAUGGCAGUUUUCUCAAGCCGAGGGACAGGAAGGAUGGACCAGAUGACCAAGACCGGAGGAGCUGUGGGCGGAAAGUUGUAGAUUUUCGGGGCACGAUUGUGGACAGGCAAUCAUUUUCAUGACAUUUUAGCGCACUGAUACCACGGCAUGGCGGGACAAGUGGAGAAAAGAAAAAGCGAUAGAGCUGUUUGAAUCUUCGUUCUGAGCCUGUGCAACGUCGCUAGCU